UUUUUUUUGGAGCGAUUCGAUGUAAGGUGUAAUAGAAGUUUCACAUUAAAAAAAUUGAAGAAAUAACUUUAUUUUUCGUUUUAAUGAGGUGGUAAUCUUUUUGUUGAGAUUCCACAUUCUGUAAAAAGAAAUACAAGUUAAAAACAAAAUGGAAGGUUAAUACAGACGAGGUUUUCAGUGUCUUAAUGCUUACACAUUUAAAGGGUUGUUGGUUGAUGUUAAUAGAUAAUAUUGUGGGAUAUUUCGAGAUGUUUUCAUCUAAGUAUUAUUAUACACAUAAUACAGAUUAUAAAUAGAUAAAACAUGAUUUGCAAAAAUGAAAACUAUUCUUUGCAACCUUUUCGUUACAUUACAAUUACAAUCGAAGAACAGUCAGAUCAGAUGAUGAAGAGUUUAGCUGCAAUAAUAAAAUCAACAGAAGAUAUUAAGAUGAGCUUUGCAUUGCAGCGUUAUUCUAUAAAAAUAAUAAUAAUACAUAUAUUUUUUGUUACUAAGCCGAAUAAUCGAUUAGUUCAAAUGAAAUUUUCCUCGAUUCUGCACGGACACACGUCACGUCAUCGCCACAUCCUUAUUACUCCGCCAUUUUAGUUUCGCACUGAAGUUGUGCGUUUGCUCUUGUCCUUAAAUUUCUCCGAAGUCCCUACUACACUCUCCAAGAUGGGUAGGGAGGACAAGGCUACCUGGAAGUCUAACUAUUUCACCAAGAUUAUUCAAUUGCUGGACGAGUACCCAAAAUGUUUCCUAGUGGGUGCAGACAACGUUGGUUCAACCCAAAUGCAGCAGAUCCGUAUUUCGCUGCGUGGACACAGCAUUGUGCUGAUGGGCAAAAACACCAUGAUGAGAAAAGCUAUCAAGGACCAUCUGGAGAACAACCCAGCUCUAGAGAAGCUGCUGCCACACAUUAAGGGCAAUGUUGGCUUCGUGUUCACCCGUGGAGAUCUUGUCGAAGUCCGUGACAAGCUACUGGAGAACAAAGUCCGUGCUCCUGCCCGUCCUGGUGCCAUUGCCCCGUUAGCUGUUGUCAUUCCUGCUCACAACACUGGCCUUGGACCUGAAAAGACUUCUUUCUUCCAAGCUCUUUCUAUCCCCACCAAAAUUUCUAAAGGUACUAUUGAAAUCAUCAACGAUGUGCACAUCUUGAAGCCUGGUGACAAAGUGGGAGCUUCUGAAGCCAGUCUGCUGAACAUGUUGAACAUCUCUCCCUUCUCGUACGGUCUUGUUGUCAAACAGGUGUACGACUCUGGCACCAUAUUCGCGCCAGCCAUCCUGGACAUUAAGCCUGAGGAUCUCCGCGCCAAGUUUAUGGAGGGAGUUGCCAACGUAGCAGCCGUCUCCCUCUGCGCCGGAUACCCGACGCUCGCCUCGGCGCCACAUUCCAUCGCCAACGGGUUCAAGAACCUGCUGGCUAUCGCUGCCGUCACAGAGGUCGACUUCAAGGAAGCCACCACCAUCAAGGAGUUCAUCAAGGAUCCAUCAAAGUUCGCGGCGGUUGCAGCCGCCCCCGUGGCCGCCGCCCCGGCCGCUGACAAGAAGGUGGAAGAGAAGAAGGAAGAAAAGGAGGAGUCUGAGAGCGAUGACGACAUGGGCUUCGGUCUGUUCGACUAAGUCCCGUAUCGCUCGCUGGCCUGAGUGGUUGUCAUCACCCACUGCGACGGAGGCCGUCAACGCCGCCGGGCUGGACACCCAUAUGGCGGCGGAUGUGUCUUAACGCAUUGUGUGCUUGUCAAUAAACUCUUUAUCAUG